GCGGUACGUUCGAAAUUGGUGACAUUUUUGCACGUGUUUGCUCUGAAAUUUAUUUACUGCUUAUUGUCAUAUAAUUCUUGAAAUUAUGGUCCAAAUCUCUAAAAAACGUGUUCGUAGAAACACAAUUGUUUUAGAUAGUGGCUUAAAUUCGGUUAUAACUGCAUUACCGCCUGGUAAUACAGUAUCAACUACUAGCUCUCAAAAUGGUUUGAGUGCAGAUCUCACUCCUGUGAUACAGGUGAAAGAUGUUCUGUUAGAGAACUCUGAGUUCUGUAAACUAAACCUCCUUUUGAAAGAUAUGCAGAGGCAAGUAAGUGAAAUUCAGAAAAAAUUAGAUCAGUUUGAUAGUAUGUCACUGCCAAUCUCAAAUACCACGGAGAGCCGGUCUGAUAUUGGCCAGGUUAAGUGUUUACUGGAUGUAACUCAAAAUAAGCUUUUGAAUUUAGACCCAAUAGCCUGUCUUUUAGAAAGGCAUCCUAAAAUAUCUCCAGACAACCUAAAUAAAGCUGAAAAUCUGAUUGACUGCUUGGCUACGGAGGUGAUGAAGCGUAUAACCUCUUCUCACCAAGCUAUAGUUUACAACGUCCCAGAUUCUCUGCCCCUGAAAACUGUAAGACACAAAAUCCUGAUUUGUUGCGGCAUGGCUAGUGUUCCAUGUGAAUGCAAACGACUUCGUAAAAAGUCUAACCAGGCUAAUUGCCCAAUCAUUUUUAAAUUCAGUAAUUCCCUUGAUGCUAGUAAGUUUACUAAAUGUCAGGAUCACUUAAGACUGAAUAGCAGUUAUAAGUCUAUAACCGUAGCUCAGGAUAAAACACCGUGUCAGCGCAGAAUAAUGCGUAGUAAUAACCUGGUCACCUCCUCUAGCUUUGAUUUACCAAAUAAGGAUCGUGCACAGCAACAGACACCUAGUGCUGAAACUAGCAUUCAGCAAACUACACAACAACCACACCUGCCAAUGGAACUAGGAACUGAUUUAGAUACCAGUACCCCUGUAAAUAAAGCCUCAUCGAAAGAUGUUAAAAUGACUAGAACUUCUGCAAGUUGUUCUAAGAAAUUUCCCCCCAAACGUAGUAACCUCACCACGAUGAACAAAUUUCGCAGGGUUGAGACUAAUGAUGGGGAAGAAUACUUUGUAUUCAAUAAGCCUGCUGAGAGUAAGAAUGCCAACAAACCAUCACUUGUUACGAAAAACUCCUCUCGAAACAUAAGUAUAUCUGGAGGUGUUCCGCAUGCUCCACCUUAUAGAAAGUCAGGCUCCAAGACUCCUAAAGUCUUGCAGCCAAAGCACCUUCCUUCACAAUUCCCUUUAAGUUAUAAAAACAACCCGAAGGUGUAUACCGGUAUGACGAAUAGCAGUUGGAUGGGUAGACCUUCUGAUGCUAUGCCUUUUAACCGUCAACCUAGGCCCAACCUGUACUACCCUUAUAUCCAGGAACACAUGGUAAAUUUUCCAGGUGUCCCGAAUCACUGGUACGACCCAUGGCACCUAGGACCACCUCAUUGCACUCCAACCCGAUGUACAGACACCCAGUCCGACCUCCUUUUCAUUCAUAAAUUCUUGCGGUGCUGACGCACAAAUAGAUUUAGGUUAUGGUGACAUUUUAAGCCAGUUUGUAGUAUCCCGUGACUUAUUCACGAUAUUGCUAAUUAAUGCACGUUCCUUAAUCAAUAAGAUAUCUGAACUAAGGACAUUAUUAUUAGUCGCCAAGCCUACUGUAGCUCUGAUUACUGAAUCAUGGUGCUCAUCCUCUGUACUUGAUGUGCAUAUAGGUAUCGAUGAUUACACUGUACACCGUGCAAACAGAGAUUGCAAGCGUGGUGGAGGAUGUCUCAUAUAUAUACAUAGCUCAUUUGUAGUCAGUAAGGUGGAAGAUGAAACAAUGAAUAAUGUACCUGACUCACUCUGGGUUGUCUUACAUGGAGAUAAGUACAAACUUCUCAUAGGCUGUGUUUAUCGAGCACCAAGCUCAACAAAAGAAACUGAUGCGUUAUUAGCUAAAUCGUUUGCACACGCAUCCUCGUUUAGUGCUAAUUACAAAAUAAUUGCAGGGGACUUCAAUCUUCCAGAAGUCAAUUGGCUAACUAGUUCCGGCCCCCAACGCUUCGACGAAUUACUUGCCACUAUAGACUGUUAUGGAUGGCAACAACACGUCCAGACACCUACUCGUGGUGACAACAUGUUGGACCUUGUUUUUUGUCAUGACACAAUCCCAGUAUCCACGUAUGUUGGUAAUCGAUUUUCCAGUAGUGACCAUAGAAUGGUACUCUGCUCUCUGCCUUUCUCACCACUAAAUACAGGAAACAAACAAGACUCAGGAAGCACAAUAUGUCGUAGUUACAAAUAUACAGACUGGGGAUUAGUCCAAGAACUUAUUCGACUCUGUCAAUGGGAUGACUAUUUUACCACUGACUCCCUGGAGGCCUUAGUAACCCUGUUUUACAGGAAUGUUACCCUUUGUCUAGAUACAGUUGCUCCAAAGAAAAUAGUGAAAUUAAGUAGACACCGAACUGAAUAUAUUCCAAGGGCACACCGUAAUAAGUUAAGGAAACUGAAGAAACAGUACUAUUCCACUAAGGACAUAUCACUAUUGCUCUCAAUCCACGAGUCUCUUGAAUCUCUCAAGCGCCUACGCUCUCAAAAGGACCUCGACGAAGAGUUAACGGCACUUGAAAGUACCUCCAAAGUUUAUAACUUAACGGCACUUCUUAAAAAACGAAUGCAGUCGGCGAGGGAAAUCCCAUACUUACUUCACGACAAAGUAAUCUACAAUGAACCUGCCACUAUCUGUGAACUCUUCAGUGAUUGGUUUGCAAACUUUAGUUUAGAAACACAUAUGCCUGGUGAAACCGCUCCCCUUACUAUCUCUUCCCUUGAAAGCAUUGUGUUCACUAAUCAGUUAAUAGUACAAGCAAUUAAAAGCCUUAAACCUUCCACUAGUACGGGACCGGAUGGCCUCGCUUCGAUAAUUUUCAAAAACAGUGGGUGUGAUAUACCCUUGUUACUUCUUAAAUUCUUCUCAAUAUCUAUGGACACUGGCACUUACCCUAGUGAGUGGAAAACUAGCUUCAUAAUUCCACAUUACAAAUCUGGUGAUAGGGCAAACGUCCGCAAUUACAGACCCAUAAAUAUAACCCCAGUUAUCUCACGAAUCAUGGAGAAAGUUGUAAAAGAUCAAUUGUCAGACUACCUAAUUAGGGAAGAUCUUGUUACAAGGUCUCAACACGGAUUUCUCAAAAAUAGAUCCUGCGUUACUUGCCACUUCGACUUUUUCAACUGCAUCACUAGUAGUCGCGAAGCACGUAAGCUAGUCGUUGUUCUCUACUUCGAUAUAUCUAGGGCAUUUGACAUGGUAUCUCACAGUAUUCUCUUUGAGAAGCUGUACUCUUGUGGAAUUCGCAACCCAUUACUGAACUGGUUAAAAUCAUUUCUAAGCAACAGGGUACAAAUAACCAAAGUUGGAUCUGUAUUGUCUCAUCCUAGGCAGAUCUCAAGUGGGGUCGUGCAAGGUAGUGUCCUAGGUCCACUUUUAUUCACAGUCUACAUUAACAGCAUUUGCAAGUGCUUCACCUUAGGCAAACCAUUCCUAUAUGCUGACGACCUCAAAGUCGUCUACUCCUGCUACACUCAUGAAUUAAGCGAUAUGGUUA